GCGGUCAGCCGUCAACUGAAGAGUUAUCAGUUAUGUUCUUAUUACUGGAAAUAUUACAUUUUCAUUGUUAUUCUUAUCAUUCUUGAGAUUGGAAAACGGCAAAGAUAUAAUAUUUACUGUACAACUAAUACAGCUUGUAAAUAAUUGCAAAUGUAUAUUUUUUUUAUUACUGAUAUAAGAAUUGUGUGUAAUAAAAAAAAGUUUUAUCUACCAAUUAGAAGAUGUACUUGCUUAUAGACUGUGUAUAAUGUGGAAUAAAUGGAAAACAUACAUGUAUCUAUCAAAGAAUGAAUUAAAUCCCAUUUUAAGAAUAAAGAGCCUUGCUAAGCUGAUGUGCAGUAAAAAUAUUGAAAAACAGUUAAUAUUGUGUAAAACAGUAGUAAAAUAACAAUUGAUUAACAGUGGACAUAAUGGUUACAUUCUUAAAUAUUUCAUUAAAAUGGGAAGAUAUGUGUGGCCCAUCAGGGCUUUACAUAUGGAAUGAUACAUCAAAGGAUUUUGGAUUAUGUUUUCAAGAGUUAUUUUUUCAAAUUCCCUUAUACUUUUUGUUGGCCAUUACAUCUGGAUUUUAUGUGGGAUAUAGAAAAGAUUGGGUAAUACGAGAAAAGGCAUUAGAAAGGGUCAUAACGCUACGAAGUUUUAUUAUUCUUGCCUUAGCCAUAUCACCAAUUAUUCAACUGUAUAUUUUUCUUACUACUCCUAACUCGGAAUUAUAUCCUAUUGAUUAUUUUACUGCAGGAACAACAUGUAUAGCAUGGCUUGUGCAUUUUGGGUUUAUAUUAGCAUUAAAACAUCGCCUUGGACCAAGUUCUCGGGGGCCCUUAAGCAUACUUCUAUUGUGGAGUGGUGCUGUUAUUUUGAAUUUAAUGGAAUUAAGAAGUACUAUUUUAAAUAGUAAUCCCCCAGCAUAUUGUAUUGGUACCCUUUGUUGUCACACUCUCUACUUUCUAACUCUUUUACCUGCAAGUGACUCCAGGCCGACAUUCUACUCACCUUGGCUUGUUGGGUCACAAAGAUCCCAUAGUGAAUAUACACCACUACUGCCACAUUAUGAUGAAGAAGUUUUAGGAACUGCUAUGCAAGGAGUUCAUUGGAUCUCUAAACUAACAUUUUCUUGGGUGAAUCCACUUUUUAAAAAAGGUUUAGAAAAUAAAUUAAAUGAUUUAGAGGAGCUGUAUGAUAUUCCUGCUACAUACAGAUGUUCCUAUGUUGGGGCAAAGAUAGACAGAGCUCUUGUUGGAAAUGUGGAUCUCUACCAAUUAUUUGCUGAAGUGCCUCAUGAACCUUUUAUUGGCUCUAGAGGUUAUGGGGCUGUUGGUGAAACUCAACCGCAAGCUGCAACACCUGUUACUCCUGUAUCCAGAAUAUUACUUCGCCCACCUCGAAGACAUAAUGUAUCACUAUUUAGAGCUCUCCAUAAAUGUUUUGGCCUACAGUUUUAUGGAAUUGGCGUGUUAAAGUUAAUCUUUGACAUGGCUGGCUUUGCUGGACCUAUUCUUUUAAAUAAAUUGGUCAAGUUUGUUGAGGAUGAAACUAUAGAUCAACAUUAUGGAUAUGUAUAUGCGUCAUUACUACUAGCAUCUGCACUUAUUGGUGCAUUUUGCAAUUGUCAUUUUAAUUGGCUGAUGUCGAUUAUUGGGAUUAAGAUGAGAGGUGCCAUAGUCUCCACGAUACUUAGAAAGACUCUCUGUGUAACUCAAACUGAACUAAUGAGCGAGUUUUCGUUUGGAGAAAUCACAAAUUUCAUGUCAACUGAUACAGAUAGGAUUGUUAAUUCUUGUCCGAGUUUUCAUGCUCUGUGGAGCAUUCCUUUACAGUUAACAAUAACCCUAUUUCUUCUAUAUGACCAAGUCGGUAUAUCAUUUUUGGCUGGAGUGGCAUUCUCUAUUAUAUUGAUACCCAUUAACAAAGUGAUUGCAAAUAAAAUUGGAAAAUUAAGCACGGAAAUGAUGAAACAUAAAGACGAGCGGGUGAAUCUAAUGUGUGAUCUUAUAAGAGGUGUGAGAACUGUGAAAGCACACGUUUGGGAAGAUUAUUUUAUCAAUAAAGUAUCAGGAGCCCGGACUAAAGAACUAAAGUAUCUCCGGGGUAGGAAAUAUCUGGACGCAAUAUGUGUUGUAUUAUGGGCGACCACUCCAGUUCUGGUAGCUGCUAUGACAUUAGGCACUCAUGCCCUUCGAGGACAGCCACUAGAUGCGCCUACAGUAUUCACGACUGUGGCCUUAAUCAAUAUGCUCAUUGCACCAUUAAAUGCAUUCCCCUGGGUCCUUAACGGACUUACCGAGGCCUGGGUGUCUAUGAAACGUAUUCAAAAGCUUUUAAAUACUGAGGACAUGAAUCCCGACCGAUACUAUGAGGAAAUAAAUAAAAAUCGCGAUGAGGACAAGAUAAUUAUAUUGAAAGAUUUAACUUUUCUGUGGACGAACGCUAAAAAAGUGAAGAAACCUAAUAAAAGUAAGGGUAAAUCGAAACGGAAGGUUUCACAACCUUCGAGGGUUUCGAUUGCGUCAGCCGAAGACGAUAUGAAUCCAGAUGAUAACAGUCGAUAUUUCUUUUUGAAAAACAUUUCUCUGGAAAUUGGAAGAGAUGAACUUAUCGGUGUAGCAGGACCGGUCGGAAGUGGGAAAACGUCUCUCUUACUCGCCAUAAUGGGUGCCAUGAUGAAAGUCACAGGGGAGAUACAAGUUGCCGAAAAUCUUAAUAGUUUUGGUUAUGUGGCUCAGCAGCCUUGGUUAGUAAGAGGGACUGUUCGUGACAACAUUCUAUUCGGAAAACCUUACGAUGAAAGCAAAUUCCGAUCGGUCGUCGACGCCUGCGCGUUAACAGAGGACCUAAAUGUACUGGGAUGGAACGCGUACGUAGGAGAAGGGGGGUGUACGUUAAGUGGCGGACAACGUGCUCGAAUCGCAUUAGCACGUGCUGUCUAUCAGGACAAAAAAGUUUACCUUUUGGAUGACGUGUUAUCCGGUCUCGAUGCGACUGUGGCGCAGCAUAUAAUGCAAAAGUGUAUUUUGGGCCUUUUGAAGCAUUCCACACGAAUUCUUGUUACACAUUCGCCGCGUCACCUCGCACGCAUGAAUCGCGUACUCUUAUUGCAAGAUGGACACGUGCACGCAUUUGGUCCACCAGAAACAGUUCUAAAUGAGAUAGAUGAGUUUUUGCCCAGUGAAACAGAAUCUAUUGGCGAAGAACCAGUGCGAUCUGAAAACGAUCAGGCGAUUGUGACCAGUUUAAAUGACGACACUGUUAGUAGAAACAGCCUGGAUAAUGAUGAAGCUAUGUCUGUAGGCACAGUGGGUUGGGGGGUUAUUUGGAUGUAUCUGCGCUCAGUGGGAUCUUUUCUAACUCUUUGCAUCGUUAUAUCCCUAAUACUGAUGCAACUGUCCCAGAAUUUCACAUUCCUAUGGCUGACAUUCUGGAUCAAAAGCAGAACAAAUUCAACAACUUUAGAAAUGGAUGAACAUGAAAAGACAACCGCGCUAGAUCACGGCUUUAAUGCCGCCGAUCAAUUUGUACAUACAUUGCUGAAUUUAUCUUUGUCUGCAAUACAUAACUUGGAUAACCACGGUACAGACGCAGCUAUGGUACCGACUCAAGCCAAAUAUUCAAGAUUACUGGAAGCGCCCGGUUUCCUUGCAUACUCGGAUAAUUAUUAUUUGAUAAUGUAUUUUGCUUUGGCGGGAUCUAAUCUUGUGUUCACUAUAAUGCGAGCGUUCUUUUUCGCAUAUGGCGGUGUUAAAGCUGCGGAGAGAAUUCAUAAGGCGUUACUGAAAGUUGUUGUUAAGGCAAACGUUAAGUUCUUUGAUGUUACACCGACGGGACGAAUAAUAAAUAGAUUUUCUUCAGACACAUACACAGUCGAUGAUAGUUUACCAUUCAUUCUAAAUAUAUUACUAGCACAAUUGUUUGGACUUAUUGGUGCCAUAGCAGUAACGAUAUAUGGACUUCCAUGGCUUUUCGUUGGAAUAUUGCCUAUGUCAUUCAUCUAUUACAGAUUACAGAAGCGUUAUCGUGUGACGUCACGUCAAUUAAAACGAUUGCAGAGUGUAGCUUUGUCGCCAGUUUACGUGCACUUCAAUGAUACGUUAGAAGGUCUGACAUCAAUCCGCGGUCUGGGUGCAACAGAAGCGUGGUGCAUACGUGGGGAAGAGUUAGUAGAGCGUUGGCAACGAGCCGCAUUGUGCGGUUCCGCUGCUGCCCAAUGGCUCGGCUUGCGGUUGCAGGCGGUUGCUGCCGUUGCUCUUGCCGCCGCUGCUUUAAUUGCCGUUUUGCAGCGCGCUACACAUGCCGCUGAUCCCGGUCUGGUGGGUUUAGCCAUCUCGUACGCUUUGUCGAUGACGUCAAUGCUAAGCUCUGUUCUGAGCUCUUUCACGGAAACUGAACGAGAGAUGAUCGCUGUUGAACGAGUUGGGGAGUACAUACGGCAGGUGGAAAUGGAGGAAGUCGAUGGUGAUCCUCCACCUUACGGCUGGCCAUCACACGGAGUCAUAAGUUUCGAAGAUGUAUCUCUUAAUUACAGUGAGAGGAGUACACAAAAUGGCGCAUUGUGCGGAGUCUCAUUUAGCAGUCAUCCAGGGGAAAGACUCGGUGUAGUUGGCCGCACUGGAGCCGGCAAGAGUUCGUUGCUACGCGCUAUUCUGAGAUUGGCCCCGUGUGGGAGUGGCCGAGUACUUAUAGACUCCAUUGACGUCGCAUCGCUUCAUUUACAUGCGCUUCGGUCUCGUAUAGGUAUAAUACCACAAGAGCCGUUCAUAUUCUCGGGUACUAUUUUGGAUAACGUGGACCCGUUGGAUCAGUAUUACGAACAUAAUAUUUGGCGAGCACUGGAGGCCUGUGGAAUCAGCAAUUUCGUUAUGAACCGAGGUGGUUUGUCUUCGCCGGCGGAUAAUCUCUCUAGGGGACAUAAGCAGUUGCUUUGCUUGACGCGAGCCUUGCUGCAACGGGCUAAGAUUCUCCUUGUAGACGAAGCCACAGCUAACUUAGAUCAAGAAACAGAGCGUACGAUAUUAGACACGAUACGUUGCUCGUUCGUUGGUAGUACGGUCGUGUUCGUUGCGCAUCGAUUGACGGGCGUACUCGAAUGCUCACGCGUACUCGUCCUAUCGGCUGGACAAGUUGUAGAGCUAAGGGACCCUGAUGAUGCAUUGUCAGACCCUACUUCUCAUCUCUACAAGCUGGUUCAUCCUGACGAAAAUUAAAUGUAAUGUUUUUGAAAAGUGAGACUGAUUCUGUGGUCGCAAUUGACCGAAAAUAAGAAAAUUAAAUUUAAAGUUAGGUUUUGUAUUCUUGCAGCGUUUCAUAAUACCAUUCGCUUUAUAUUACUUUGUUUAGUUAUAGAAAUUAUUAGCUUUUUUCAAAAUGCAUAAAUGAUUUUGGAUUUUGAAAAUUCCAUACAAGUUUAGCUUCGAAUUUAUUUGAAUUAACUGCUUUUCUAUGUUCAAAUAAACAAUUACAUAUUUGGCAUAUUUAAGUAUUAUCAAAUAUAUUAUUGUUGCCCAAUAGCAAUGCCAAUUUAAAUGAUGAGUUUUAAUUCAUGUAACGAUAAAGUGUGUGUUGGUGUUGAAACC